AGCCCCAUAAAUAUUUUUAAAAAAAUCAAACAAACAGGGCUACACAGAGAAGCCCUGUCUCGAAAAAGACAAAAGCAAGCAAACAAACAAAAUUGUGUCCUUUUAGCAAUUUUGUCACUGUGUACACAUGAUAGAAUAUGCUUACACAAAUGGUGACAAUUGGUUGCUUAGCGUGGCCUCUCAGUGCAGAAGCACGUGGUGUAUUUUUCUGUUGCCAGUCUGACAUGGUAUACUGUUUUACAGAGAGCUUUUUUUUCAUAUGUAGAACAUUCUAAAAUAAUAAAUAUAGCAAGUUCAUAGACCAGUAACUAUUGUUUAUCAUUAAGUUGUAUGUACUAUGCAUAAUUGCACAAGCUAUACUUCCAUAUUACUGCCAGCUUAGUCUGUUCCCACCAGCAUCAUCACAGAUACAUGAAUAGUGCACUAAGAUAUGAUGGCUGAUAUUUCAGCUCUGCUGUGAUUAUAUGAAGCCACCAUUGUGUGUGUUGCCAUCACUGACUAAAAGCUCAUUAUGCAGCAUGACUGUCCACAUUCCCACCACGUAGUAUGUUCCCCACAGCUAUUUGUAGAAUAAUAUGACCUUGCCAGCUUUACACCUAUGUCCUAAUAGCUAGCACACAUCCUCACUUACUAUAGAUACAACUUUCUGUCCAGUGUUGAGGCUUGAACUCAGCACUGUGCAUGCUAGUCAAGUGCUCUAACACUAAGCAACAUCCCUAGACUAGAGUGGCUAUCACACUUAACUUUUCUAGGUCCUAGUGCCCUUUGAGAAUCUCUCAGGGACUUUAUAGGCACAAAAAUAGAUACAUUAUUAUCUGGAAUCUGCAAUGGCUGUGGAUUUGGCCCUUUAGAAGACCAUAGACCUGUCUGUAACUGGAAAGAAGUGGAGGCUGUUCAUUUAUGAAGACAGACACCAAUGGCUUCAGAAGAGAGGGACCUGACCACACCACAAGGUAGAGCAGGAACUUGGGCCAGAGUUUUCACACUUCCUACCUGGUGAUUUCUCUCUCUUUUUUUCGGGGAGGAAGGUGUGUGCUCAAAACUGGGUUCCUUUGUGCAGUCUUGACUGUCUUGGAACUAGCUUGGUAGAUGGUCCAGCCUGGAACUCAGAGAUCUGCCUUCGUCUGUUUCCUGGGUGCUGGGAUUAGCUCCUGUGUGCAUUGCCAUCACUGACCUAACCAGAAGGUCAGAAGGUAUAAUAGUACUGUCCUGUGGUUCCCAGGAAGAAACUGACUUUGCCAGACUCAGGAGGUGUGUUAAGUUCUGAAAGCCGAACACCCUUUUAUGCCAUUCCGACACCCGUAGAUUUUAGUUUGUACUGCUGUACAGUGGUCAGUAGAAUGGGUCAAACCCAUUGGAGGGCCUUUGGGAGGGACUGUGUUGUCUGGGCUCCUGCCGGCAGAGCAUUUCUGAUCUCAAUUUGGGGACCCAGUAGCUGGCCUAGGGACUGUGUCUGAGCAGCACAGGGUUCUCCUCAGAAAGGCUGCCCAGAUUCGUGGCUGUGAUGAAGUUCAGAACCACGGACAGCUCCACAGCCCUCCCUCUCGGGGAAGGAUUCUGCAUCUAUUUAUCUUUAUGCCUCCGCCAGCUUCUCCCUCUACAGCCAGGGUGCUUCCAAAGAUAGCUCCAGGGAUACAAAGUCAGGAUACGAGCCCCUCUGGGGGCUCGAAGCUGCUGGACUCGAAGCUGCCGGUGUCAUUGUUUCUACAAUCAGUUCAAGUUCUUCACUGACGUCAGUCGGAGCUGUCCUGUUGCUAUAUAAGGCUGGCGGCGGUCCCGGGACAGACCCUGUGCUCCCCAAGGCGUCUUCAGCCCGUCCCCGGGGACAGAGAGUGGAGCUCCAUCUUGCACUGGGCAGACACUCCGAUAACCCGGCAGGUGGCACCAUGAGGCAGAGGGGGCGCGCUAUGCUCCUGGUGGCGUUGCUGCUCCUGGCACAGCUGCGCCCGGAGAGCAGUCAGUGGAGCCCAGCGGCUGCGGCGGCGACUGGGGUCCAGGAUCCAAAUCUGCGAUGGAGCCCCGGAGUGCGGAGUCAGGGCGGCGGCGUCCGAGCGCUCCUCUUGCUGUUAGCGGAGCGCUUCCCGCGCCGCGCGGGAUCUGAGCUUGCGGGCGAACGGCAGCGACGGGACGACCCUCCACUGUCCAUCGACCUCACCUUCCACCUGCUGCGGACCCUGCUGGAGCUAGCUCGGACACAGAGCCAGCGCGAGCGCGCAGAGCAGAACCGCAUCAUAUUCGAUUCGGUGGGCAAGUGAUCGGCCCCUUAUGGGGUCACGAAAGCCUUGACCCUUUCCCCUACCUAUCCCGGGGCUGGAGCACGCACAACCGGAGCUGGCUCAGUCCCGCGGUGCAGCGCCGCCCAGAGUCACCCUCAACACUGAGUGGCUAUUUUUAAUAAAACUGCCAAGAGCUUAGCCUCCA